CCUUGCGCAAUUUGAUGAAUAGUGUCGCUGUCAAAAGCGUUCGAAACACAUGAAGGAAUGUUGAUAGAUGGACAGCUGUAACAGAGAGGACAGGAAGAGAAGCUGCGUCAUGGUUCCUCCUUACGGUUACAUGCAACGUUAGUUAUAAAUCUUCGGAGCUGGAUGUCGGUGAGAGUUUGCUCAACUAUUACCGUCACCGUGCCGUCCCGGGCUUAUUGUUGUAUUGCUUUACCUUUUUUUCUGGAAAGCUAUGGAGACCAGAACAUGUCAAGUCUGAGUAUUUCAACUGUACGCGUGUCGAGGUUCUUGUGAAAUAUUUUUCCAUCUUCUCAAACUUCAACGCAGGAGGGAAACCUUUGGCUCGGCAAGGAGCCUUUUGAAGGCCCACAUCAGCAUGGUGAACAGCCAAGCGCCAGGUGUACCGUCGGCCCCCAGGUCGUGUGCAGGAUGCGGGGGGAAGAUCGCCGACCGCUUCCUGCUCUUCUCCAUGGAGCGCUACUGGCACACUCGUUGCCUCAAGUGCUCUUGCUGCCAAGCCCAGCUGGGGGACAUUGGCACCACCUGCUACAGCAAAGGGGGCAUGAUUCUGUGUCGGAGCGACUACAUCAGACUGUUCGGGCACAGCGGGGCGUGUAGCGCCUGCGGCCAGUCGAUCCCAGCCAACGAAAUGGUGAUGAGGGCGCAGGGAAAUGUUUACCACCUCAAGUGUUUCAGCUGUGCCACCUGUAGAAACAGACUGAUGCCUGGCGAUCGCUUCCAUUACAUCAACGGUACAAUCUUCUGUGAGCACGACAGACCCGGCGCUGUCCUACUCAGCAGCCACCUGCCUCCACUUCAGAGCAACAGUGUGCUGACAGACCAGAAGGUAUGCUGAGUUCCAGAAGUGCUGUGUGUUGCCCUCGCCUUCCUACCCAAGCUUCACCUCUCUUCGGUGCACUAUUCUGUUCCUGCUACUGUCGUUAUUGUUGUGGAUUCUCAUCACUGCCCCGUUUCUUUUCCCCGGGGAGGACACAAUUGCUCACCAGGAUCCCCGUUUGUCACCAUAUCAGAGACUCUAUAUACCGCAUACAAAGUCACAUUUAUGUUGUGUUCAAUGUUAGAGUGAUCUGUGCAUCAUCAAACGCCUACAUUAUGUGUGGACUGCACUAGCAAAAGGCUUCUUCGGGAUUUAGAGAAAGCUGGAAAACAAUGAGAAUGAAAGCCUGCGCCGAUUGGAAGAGGGAAUAAAAGAUGCUUGAAUGAGCACUUGAUGGACUGCUGUAAAAUGACUGUCAAAGCUUUGCUUGUGCCAUGUGGCAUUAUUUCCCCUGAGCGUCAGUGUUUUUAAUGAACUCUUGAUCUCGCUCUUGUAUAUGUAAAUCUGAGAUCGUACACACUGAGGAUUGAAUACAAAAAUUGAUGGUUGGCAAAAAUCGGAGUAUCUGAAAAUGUACAGUCAUAGGCAACCUUGAAACUAGUUAAAAAAAAAAAAAACUUGCCAGAAACUUUUUAAA